AUGGCGUCGAUGAAGGACAGCGACACCGGCCUGUGGCUUCACAACAAGCUGGGCUCUACGGACGAGCUGUGGACGCCUCCGAGCAUCGCCUCUCUCCUCACCGUGUCGGUCAUCGACAACAUACGGCUGUGCUUCUCGAGCUUGUCGCCGCCGGUGAAGCUCAAACUGCUGCUCGGCAUGCUGCACCUUCCCAGGCGGACGGUUGACGAGAUGAAGGAGGCCUUGUCGGAGAUAAUCCAGCUGGCUACGGUGGAUUCAGAACCCUGGGUGUUGAUGGUUGCAGAUAUCCUCAAGUCCUUCCCGGAGACCGGCUCUCUGAAUCUGGACCUGGAGGAGCAGAAUCCAAACGUGCAGGAUAUCCUUGGAGAGCUCAGGGAGAAAGUGAGUGAGUGUGAGGCGUCUGCCAUGCUUCCUCUGGAAUGUCAGUAUCUGAACAAGAGCGCGUUGACCACUCUGGUGGGACCCCUCACACCCCCCGUUAAACAUUUCCAGCUCAAGAGGAAGCCCAAGAGCGCAACGCUGAGGGCAGAACUGCUGCAGAAAUCAACAGAGACGGCCCAGCAGCUCAAAAAGACAGCCACGCCGUUCCACGCCAAAGGAAGAGGACUGGUCAAAAAGAUCGACACGACAACUCCUCUCAAGGGGAUUCCCAAGGCCCCGUUCCGCAGCCCCACAGCCCCCAGUUUAUUCAGCCCGCCCAGUAACCGCGCGCCCAUCGCUCCCCCACGAACACCCCUGCGGAAAGAGAGAGGAGUCAAGCUUUUAGAUAUUUCAGAGUUGGACACGGUUGGAGCUGGAAGGGAGGCGAAAAGGAGAAGGAAGACUUUGGAAACAGAAGUUGCAGAUAAAGCAGCCAAGGAAGAGGCAGCGGCGGCGGCGGUGGUGGAGAACACCACACCAGACUAUGCUGCUGGUCUCGUCUCUGCACAGAAACUGGGGGCGCUGAACGAGAACCCUCUGCCUUCCACCAGUUACCUCCCCGCCACACCCAGCAUGGUUCCCUCCUCGUCUUACAUUCCCAGCUCCGAGGCACAGCCAGCGAACGCUGGUGGUUCAGGACGGGACACGCUGCAGGCAGCUCGCCAGCCGGAGGACCCCACCACAGCAGCCUCUGGUGCCGGCGCCACCUUACCCAACCAGUACAAACAGAGGACGCCCAUGUACAACGCCAGCACCGCAGCCAACCCCGCAACCCCCACAUCCCCCAGUACGCCGGCCUCCACCCCAGCCAGCAACGGCCCCCCGGCUGCUGCGACCGCCAGCCAACCGGAGACCCCCACUCAGCCUCCCAGCACCCCUCAGACCCCGACACCAGCGCCUACACCACAACAGCCCCAGCCCAAAAAAAACCUCUCGCUCACGAGGGACCAGAUGUAUGCUGCCCAGGAGAUGUUCAAGACGGCCAACAAGGUCACCAGACCAGAGAAGGCUCUCAUCCUGGGGUUCAUGGCCGGAUCCAGAGAGAACCCGUGUCCAGAGCAGGGUGACGUCAUCCAGAUCAAGCUGAGCGAGCACACAGAGGUUCUGCCCAAAGCCGACGGCACCGGCAGCACCACCAUGCUGGUGGACACUGUCUUCGAAAUGAACUACUCAACAGGACAGUGGACCCGUCUGAAGAAAUACAAACCCAUCACAAACGUCUCCUGAGGGCCUUGGCUCACUAUAAACGCUUCUAUGUACACACACACACGUGGGCCAAAUCAAGCUUGUUAUCAAGGAGAGAAAGCUCCUCCCUUUUACCACACCGCCAAAACGGAUAACUUUUUUUUUUUUGUUUCUUUUACACAUUUGUUUGUUUUUAAGCCUCUGAAUCUUGAGACUGAUUUCAGGAGGUGGGGGGGGGGGUGCAGAGGAGGCGCUCUUUACCACCGGGGACCUUCGAGCGUUUGUGCUGAGGUACAAGAAGGUUCAG